AUGACGGCUGAAACAACAAAAGUCCUCAUUGUUGGCGCAACUGGGUAUAUUGGCGGUUCGAUCCUUGCCGAGAUAUUGCACUCUCCAGGCUUCGCCAGUCCAUGUGCAUCGGCCUUGAUUCGUCGACCAGAACAAGCCGCAGCCCUCGAGACCUUAGGGGUGAAACCCAUUCAAUUCAAGGGUUUAGACGACUUGGACGCCUGCAGAGAUGCUGCAUCUUAUCAUGAUGUUGUGAUCAAUGCAGCAUCCGCAUCCCAUGAUCGCUCUGCUAAAGCACUCAUCGAAGGCCUAAGUUUAAGAAGACAAAACACAGGAAAAGACGUGUUCAUGAUCCAUACUUCUGGAACCUCCAUCCUUGGCGAUCACCCCUACACAGGCACGCCACAGACACACAAAAUCUGGUCGGACAUGACCAAUGAAGUGUUUCAAAUGGAAAUAACUCAUCCUGAAAGGUAUGGACAGCGAGUUACUGAUGUAACAGUCGUCGAAACCGGUCAGAAGCUUGGCGUUAAAACAUUUAUUGUCGUGCCGCCAACUAUCUACGGGGAAGGUUCCGGUCCAUUUGCAACACUGAGCCAACAAAUUCCGAAUCUUGCACGAUUCGCCCGGAAGCUAGGUUCAGCGGCUGUGAUUGAGAGCGGGCAAGGUAUUUGGAACCAUGUGCAUAUUUCUGACCUGUCACGUUUCUACGUUCUGCUCCUCCGUGCUGUCCUAGAACAGCCUCCUUGGCUUCCGUCUGGCCCGAAAGCAAUAUUUUUUGUUGAGAGUGGUGAACAUACAUGGAAACAAGUCAGCCAAGGCAUUGCGCAUGCUAUGCAUAAGCAGAAUCUACUAGCGACGACUCAAGUGGAGUCGGUCGGUCUCCACGAAGCAGCGACGCACAUUACUGCGGGAAAUGAGAACUUGGUGGAGAUAACGCUUGCUUCUAAUGCAAGAGCUCGGGCAGAUUUCGCUCGCUCGAAGCUUGGUUGGUCUACGAGUCGCGGAGACGAGGAUUUCUUAAAUCAUUUCGAAGCCGAAAUAGCAAGCAUGGAGGAAGAGUUUAAGGAGUGA